AUGUCUGCUCGCAUCAAUACUAUUCUCAUACUAGGGGCUGCCGGUGGCAUCGGUGAGGCCCUGGCCCGUCGUUUUCACGCAUUGGGCAAGAAAGUCAUCGUUACAGGUCGAGAGCAGAACAAACAGAAACUAGCCAACUUGGCUGCAGACUUGCCAGGACUAGAUACUCGUGUGUGGGAUUUAAUGGAUCUUGCGAAAAUACACCGCGAGAUCCACACCAUUCUUGCAGAGUACCCACUGCUGGAUUCAGUUUAUAUCAAUGCUGGAAUCCAAAACUAUUAUGAGAUUUUCAAACAGCCUCCCGCCGAUGCAGACGUGGUCCAGGAGCUGACGACAAAUCUGACCGCUCCCAUUCUUGUCGCGCAAGCCUUUGCCUCCCAUCUGCUAGGACUCGCUCAGUCCGGCGUAAAAACCAGCCUCUUCCUGACAAGCUCGUCUUUGGCCUACUUCCCGGUUCCCUUUUAUCCAACGUACAGCUCCACCAAGGCAGGCAUUUCUGCCUUUACAAAGAUCAUGCGCAUGCAACUCGACGCAACUGGCUGCACGAAUAUGAACAUCGUUGAGGUUGUUCCACCUUAUGUCGACACCCCUCUGAAUGCAGCACAUCGGGAUCAGACCGAUGCUCUGCAAGGCGGCAAGGACAAGGCCGUCCAACCAAUGCCUCUGGAGGAUUAUAUCGCCAAGUGGUUUGCUGCUCUGGAAGAGACAAACCCGGACGGCUCUCUUAAACACGAGAUCGGCAUUGGAUUUGGGUCCCAAGGCGCUGCAGUUUGGUAUGAAGGAUAUCAAAAAUUACUGAGAUUAUCCGGAAUGGUUUGA